UAUCUUCCACUUUGCUGUGCUGCCCCCACACGAACUUUGACUCCAGACUGGCAGUUUGAGGAUUGCAAACUUGCAAGAUCAGGUCCUCCUGCUACAAUCGUCGCCAUUGAUGAAGAAAGCCGAAAUGGAACACUUCUCGUGGACAACUUGCAGAUCACGGGUUACGCUGGUGGCCCUAAUCCCACGAUCGCCUUAUCUCUGCGAGGAAACAAUGAUUACUGGGUGCUUCUGGAUGCUGUCAACCAGAAACUGUAUUUGAACAGCACUGGCAGAGUCCUUGACCGAGAUCCUCCGCACAAUAUCCAGUCCAUUGUCGUUGUCCUCGACUGUGUAAACCUGCAAGUUGGAAGUGUCAUCAAACACGAAGUGCGGAUUAUAAUCAAAGACCGGAAUGACAAUUCCCCAUCUUUUCAGCGAUCGCGAUACCAUGUGGAAAUCAAUGAGUUAACCCCAAUUGGGACAACCAUUUUCACUGGCUUCUCUGGAAGAAAUGGAGCACUUGACAUAGAUGAUGGGCCGAAUGGACAGAUUGAAUAUGUCAUCCAACAAAAUCCAAAUGAUCCAGAAUCUGGUCGGUCAUUUGACAUUCCACUCUCAUUAACAGGAGCUGUGGUCUUAAGGAGAAGGCUCAAUUAUGAAGAAAAAACACGGUACUACGUCAUUGUUCAAGCCAAUGACAGAGCUCCAAACCCACUGAACAGAAGAACCAGCACAACAACGCUGACAGUCGACAUAUUGGACGGAGAUGAUCUCGGCCCAAAGUUCCUUCCAUGUGAAUUGGUCAAUAACACCAGGGAUUGCCAUCCUCUGACGUACAAAGCCAGUCUCCCCGAGCUCACGGACCCGGCAAGGAUAAACCCUGUGAAUGUUACGCCUCGGAUUUUCGCUGUGGAUCAGGACAUCAAUAUUAAACCAACAGAUGAGAGACCGGGAAUUGUCUACAGCAUUCUCGUCGGAACGCCAGAAGAUUACGCUAAGUACUUCUAUCUGAAUAAUGUCACCGCUGAGCUUUAUCUUCUAAGACCGAUAAAUAGGGAUUUUCAUCAGAGAUUUGAUUUGGUCAUUAAGGCGGAACAGGACAACAGGCACCCACUGCCAGCUUUUGCCGAACUGCAUAUAGAAGUCCUCGAUGAAAACAACCAGCCCCCUUACUUUGAACGUGCCACCUACCAAGGAUUCAUCAUAGAAUCUGCUCCAGUGGGAACAACAGUCUCAGAUAGUUGGAACUUAACAACACCAUUGAGGAUUGUUGCCCUGGAUAAUGAUGUGGAGGAGGUGCCACCAGGUACUACUCCCACCAAAGAUCCGAAGCUGCAGAUUUUGGUGGACGAUUUCAUCAGGGCCUUCACGAUAACAUCGUCCGGAAUAACUCGUUACCUGACCUUGCGCGAACCAGUGGAUCGGGAACGUCAGCAGAACUACACUUUUACAAUGUCUGCCUCUGAUGGAGUUCAAGAGAGUGUUCCAGUCACCGUCAAUGUCAUGGUGAUCGAUGCAAAUGACAACACUCCGAUUUUUCAAAACAUUUCCUACAGAGUGAAUGUUUAUACCGACAUGAGACCUGGAGAAGCAGUGAUACAGCUUUCUGCGUCGGAUGCUGAUGAACUCAAGAACGGACAAAUUGUUUAUGAAAUUGUGACUGGGGACCAAGGGGACUUUGUGAUCAGCAACAGCAGUGGGCUGAUCACUGUUGCUCCAGGAGUUAGUCUAAACGUUGGACAGACCUACGCUCUCACUGUCAAAGCCAGAGACAACGCUCAACCAGAUCAACAAAGAAGUUCUAUCACCACUGUCUACAUCGAGGUUCUGCCUCCAAACAAUCAGAGUCCACCGUGGUUCCCACAAAUGAUGUACAACUUUGAAGUGAGUGAAGCGAUGAGAAGAGGAGCAGUUCUGCUGAAUUUGAAGGCCACAGAUCGUGAGAGGGAUCCGAUUACCUAUCGAAUUAUUAAUGGAGAUCCACAACAAGUGUUUAGCAUCACUCAAAGCACUGGCCUGUUAAUCUUGGAAAAACCUUUGGACAGGGAGAGUGCUGAUCGAUACAUUCUGAUUGUCACGGCAUCUGAUGGCAAGCCUGAUUCAACUUCCACUACUACCGUCAACAUAAUGGUGACCGAUGUGAACGAUAACGACCCCAAGUUCGACGUCGUCUUUCUCAAGAACUUCACUGUGCUGGAGGAGGAAGCAAACAUCUACGUCGGGCAAGUCAAGGCCACCGAUCCAGAUGCAGGGAUUAACGGGCAGAUUCACUACAGCUUGGCCAACUUCAAUAACCUUUUCAGGAUAACGUCAAACGGCAGCAUCUACACCAUGACCUCGCUGGACCGGGAGACCAUGGAUCGGUACGACCUGCUUGUGCAGGCUUCCGACGGGGCCCGCGACCCGCGACGCACCACCUUGUCCGUGCCCAUCCGAGUGCUCGACGUCAAUGACAACAGCCCCGUCUUCUCACAAUCCAACUACGUGGUGUUGGUGCCGGAGAACAACGACGUCGGGAUGGUUAUCCUGCAGCUCCAGGCAACAGAUGCUGAUUUGGGGCCAAACACAACGUAUUGGAUAAGAACUGCGGAGGCCAGGAAUCUAUUUGCUGUCAAUCCGCGGACAGGGGAAUUGUCAAUUUUAGAGUCAGUGGAUUAUGAAACUCUGGACACCGCAGAUGCGAACUACAAUUUUGUUGUCGAGGCAGUGGAUGGAGGAGGAAGCAUGCCACCAGGAUUAGCUACCGUCAUCGUUCAAAUUAAGGAUAUGAAUGACUACGCCCCUGUAUUUAGUAAGCCUCUUUAUAAGGGGCUGGUGGCACCAGAUGCUCUUAAGGGGAGUCUCAUCACUGUCGUGUCAGCUGAAGAUGUCGACCCUCCUGGGAGCCCAGCAAGCAACGUCCGAUACAAGGUGGAUCGGACUGAAUUUCCCUACAGUGCAAGCAUAUUUGAAGUGGAGGAAGACACAGGGCGGGUGCUUACCAGAGUAAACCUCAACGAAGAACCUAACACCGUUUUCGAGCUGGAAAUAAUUGCAUAUGAUGACGGAGAACCGAUACGGUUUAAUGCUACCAUCGUGGAAGUCACCGUACUGCAGCCAUCAGUAAUUCCACGGUUUACACAGGAAGAUUACAGGCCUCCACCUGUAAGUGAAAAGGCUCCAGUUGGAACAGUGGUUGAAACUGUAUUAGCAGCUGCUAUCAAUCAAACUGUGGUGUAUUCAAUUAUAGCAGGAAAUGAUGCUGGAGUGUUUAAAAUCAAUAAUCGUACAGGAGUCAUCACAACAAAUAAGACGUUGGAUUAUGAAUCCAUAAAAGAUUACGUCAUUCGGAUCCAGGCAGAUUCAUUGCUGUUUUUCAGAUCAAACCUCAGGGUUCCUUCAAGAACCAACACUGCAAAGGUUUUCAUCGAGGUGCAAGAUGAAAAUGACCAUGCCCCUGCUUUCACCAAGACUCUCUAUCUGGGAGGGGUGACAGAAGAUGCCAAGACAUUCACCACAGUGCUACGGGUCGAGGUUGAAGAUGAGGACAGUGGAAACUACAGUAUAUCUCAGUUCCGGCUGAUCAUACCGCCCUCCAAAGAUGGAAAGGACGGCUUUGUCAUCGAGGAAUACACGGGCAUCAUCAAGACAUCCAUUACCUUCCGAAACAUGAGGCGAUCGUAUUAUAAGUUUGAUGUCAUUGCCACUGACAACUAUGGAACAGAACUGAGUAGCAGCGCACAGGUUGUUGUAUCGGUGGUCAAUGAAUUGGAUAUGCAAGUGAUUGUUUCCAAUGUCCCUCCUACGCUGGUGGAACAGAACAAGGAUCAGCUCAUUGAGAUAUUGGAGCGUUACGUACAGGAUCAGAUUCCAGGGGCAAAAGUAGUGGUGGACUCCAUUGGGCCUCGUCGGCAUGGAGACGGCUUCCAGGAAGAGGAUUAUUCCAAGUCAGACCUUAACGUGUAUGCCAUUGACCCAUUGACAAACAGGGCAAUAUCAAGGAAUGAGCUCUUCAAAUUCUUGGAUGGGAAGCUGCUGGACAUCAACAAAGACUUCCAGCCUUACCUGGGACAAGGGGGUCGUAUACUCGAAAUACGCACGCCGGAGGCGGUGGCGAAUGUUCAGAAGCAGGCACAAGCUGUGGGCUACACAGAAGGUGCUCUGCUGGCUCUAGCCAUCAUUAUCAUCCUCUGCUGCCUGCCAGCUAUUCUCAUCGUCAUGGUGACCUACAGGCAAUUCAAGGAACGGCAGGCUGAGUGUGCAAAGACAGCGCGGAUCCAGAUGGCUCUGCCAGCAGGGAAAUCAACUGCUGGAACGGCAGCUAACCUGUACGAAGAACUGGGAGACAACACCAUGAGAGGAUAUGGACAACAAGAGCAACAACAAUUACUGAGGCCCUCGCUUCUCAGACCUGAGGAGCUCUCAAUGGAAUCUGGCAUCGACCCUGGCCAGGACUACUAUGCACAAGACUACUACAAUUAUGAGCCCGGGUAUGAAGUACCGCAGUACGGAAGUCGUCGGAGAUUGAUCUCCCCGUCGGGAUUGUACGAUGAUUACGGAGAGGUGGUGAUGGAAGAUGACGGCAGCUACUUCUACAGCCCACAGGGAUCGAAUGCAGAUGGCGAGUGGGCUCGCCAUAAACGGGUCAAGUUGGUGGUGGACCGCGAGUAUGAAACCAGCUCGACCGGGGAGGACAGCGCAUCGGAGGCACAGAGGCUUCGAGUCAAGCACCCGACCAACCACAGCAGCAUGAACAGCAACAUCUACGUGGUGCAGAACGGAUCCAUUAUAAGAACCAGACGCACUUGCCCCGCCGCGGCCAACGGAAAGGCGGCCUCGCCGGCCAGGGUGGGGAAGCACUUCAAGAAACUGGACCGGCUCGAGGCCACUCAGGAAGAGAGGGCCCCCUUGAACAAUCCGCCGUCAGAGGCGACCCCUUCCUGCAGCCGCGACCACCUCAACGCCGGGCUCCCGUCGGACAGCUCCGCCACCCCGGGGCCCGGCAACCGGGAGGCCGGAACCAGCGCGGCCAAGGCGAAGAGCGAGCGGGCAAACUGCCCCGGCGGCGACCAAGAGACGGCAAUCGACAUCGAGGACGGCCAGGGGUCUCCUCUGGUGUGUCGUAGCGAACAGGCACAGUCCGAUGAGGAAGAACUGUGGAUGGGACCCUGGAAUAACCUUCACAUACCUAUGACAAAACUCUAAACUAGAAUUUUUAUCACAAUUGACGAAAAACAAAAAAAUCCACUUUUUUUAUAGCCUCCGUGGGAAAUGUAACUGGUCUCCAAUUUGUUCACUUCAGGCGUGCAUUUUGAUUUAUCCAACUUGAGGACGUCGGCCAUCUUGACAUUCCCAACCAUCACAGAAGUGGGUCAGCAUCUUUAUUCACAAAGAAAUCCCUGGUUGUGAUCGCAAUUUCAUGCUUUGAUUGUGAAUAUUGGGAGUGGACUCCAGGCGAAGUAAAACAUAAAAAAGGUUCACGGUUUGAAGGACUGAAGCAAAUUGGUUUCUGUACAUGACACGUAAACCCUAUCUAUUUUUGCAGUUGUCGAUAGAUUAGGCCAAUUUCAAAAUGGUGGCCUGGUUCUGACCGAGCGAAUUACAUACCUUCAGUGACUGAUGGACAUUUCAGAACCUACCCCCUCGGGGUACAAAUUCAUCUUUAGACACAUGCACUGAAUAUAAGAUGCAAUGUCGGAUGCUGGCGUUGUCUUCAAUGGGACUGGGUUUAAAUAGUGGAUUCCAGCACCCUGUGUUGAGUGCAUGCGGCUGAUGAUGAAUCUUAUCCCUGUUUUGUUAGAAAUAGAAUAAAUGGUACUUUUUAAAAAUA